AUGCCCAAAAAGAAGACCGGUGCUCGCAAGAAGGCAGAGAAUCGUAAGGAGAGGGAAAAGCAGAACAGGGCCAAUAAAAAGCAUGUGGAAGUGGCUAAACACCCAUGCAACAUAAACAUGGAAUGCGACAAAUGCCAGAGGACACAGAAAAACAGGGCGUUCUGUUAUUUCUGCAAUGCCGUGCAGAAGCUGCCCGUGUGCGCACAGUGCGGGAAAAUGAAAUGCAUGAAGCCCUCAGAUUGUGUCAUUAAACACCCAGGAAUCUACACUACUGGAAUGGCAAUGGUGGGGGCAGUGUGUGACUUCUGUGAGGCCUGGGUUUGCCACAGCAGAAAGUGCCUCAGCACUCAUGCAUGUGCCUGUCCCCUCACUGAUGCAGACUGUAUUGAGUGUGACCGGAGCGUCUGGGAUCACGGAGGGAGGAUCUUCCGCUGUUCCUUCUGUCAAAACUUCCUGUGUGAAGAUGAUCAGUUUGAGCACCAGGCGAGUUGCCAGGUCCUCCAGGCGGAAACGUUCAAAUGUGUUUCCUGCAACAGACUGGGUCAACAUUCUUGUCUGCGCUGUAAGGCCUGCUAUUGUGAUGACCAUGCUAAAAGCAAAGUGUUUAAGCAGGAGAAAGGCAAAGCACCUCCCUGCCCUAAGUGUGGCCACGAGACCCAGGAGACCAAAGACCUCAGCAUGUCCACACGCUCGGUGAAGUUCGGUCGUCAGAGCUGUGCUGACGACGAUGACGACGACGGUUAUGGCGCGUCCGGUUAUGACUCGUACUGGAAGAACCUGGCGUCCGGAGGCGGCGGUCAGGAGGAUGACUAUGCAGAUGAUGAUGAUGAUGACGAUGAUUAUGAUGAUGAGGAAGAUGAGGAGGAGGAAGAUGAGGAAGAGGAGGAAGAGGGCGACACACCAAAUAAGUCGAUGUCUGCGCUGAAGAUAGACACCACUUAG